GCAUUUGGUUCUGUAUGCGCGCGUAGACUCAUUUUGUUCAUUGUGUGAUUUUACCGUCCGACUGUAUUUAUUUAUCCAUGAUUAAGACAGCUCAUAGCGUUUCCAAUCUACGCUCUAAUUUGGAAUUAAGUCCAUGUGUGAUUAAACGUACACAAAGUUCUCAUUUCGUGCAGAUACUUGACGAAUCUAUGUGUGUCGUUCGUGAAGAUCUUACGGAAUGGUUACAACAUUAUUUAUUUUCAACGGCUAACGCAUGUCCCAUAGAAGCACAUUAUCUACUUUGUCGUUUAGCAUCAGGUCUGUGGCUUUCUAGACUAGCUUAUAAACUACAUUAUUCGAUUUUGGAAUCAGGUUAUCAAAUUGCAUUAAAAUCAAAAUCAACACAUAAUAAUAACAAUAAUAAUAAUGGUCGUUCAUAUGAAUUUCUGAGAGGUGCAGUGUCCAAUCGUGACUUGAAAAAUCUUACUCCAGUUUCAUUACCAUCAUUUCCCUCCACAUUAACGGAUUGUGCUAAACUACCACUUGGUCCGUCAGAUCUCUGUUCCUUUUCAUCACAACCUUCUACUCAUAAACGUAAUUCAAAUAUGCCAAAUUGUGAUAUGGAUUUUCCUAAAGAAAAUAUCUCAAUAAAAUCUCGAGUUGCUGAUCGUUGGAUAGCUCGUGAUAAUGUUAGUGCGUUUAUUAAAUGGUGCAAAGAUUUGGGUGUACCAGAAACAAUAUUAUUUGAAACAAAUGGAUUAAUGAAUAAGACCGAAGAGAAAAAUGUUUUGCUUACCCUAAUGGAGGUUGCACGUAUUGCAAGUCGUUACGGUCUCACUGAUCUACCGUACUUAGUUCGUAUGGAACGUGAAAUUGAUGAGUUGGAAGCAAAACAUUCACAAGAUCAAAGUGAAAUAAAUCGUUUAUACCAUGGUAGUAAUAAUAAUAAUAAUACAAAUCAUUUUACUACUCAUGCAGUGAUUAAUUUGGAAAGAAUUGAUAAUGAAAAACUGGAUAAUUGUAAAUCUACUUCUAACUUAGAAAUAACUGUAAAUAAACGAAAAGCAAAAUCUCAGAAAUCUUCUAACUUCAAUACAAUUUCUGAUGAUAAUCACACGAAUAAAAAUUCUAAUAAUUUUAAUACAGAUCUAAUUGAUUCACAUUCUGAAAGUCAAUUUAUGAACAAUAAGAAUGGCGAUAAUUCUGUACAAACAUCUGCUGAUACUUCAAAUAAUAAUAAUACUACUACUAUUACUACUACUACCAUGUAUACCAAUUCACAUUCAGUGAAUAUACACGAUGUAUAUAAUAAGAAUAAAUGUGAUCUUUGUCGAAAUGGUUCUUCUCAAGUUGAUAAUCCGAUUAGUAAUAAUCAGAACUCUACUUGUCAUCACGCAUUAUUUGAAAUAAACAAUUCAGAAAAUUCAAAUUCUGCUAAACGUUCAAGAGCUUUGAAUGGCUCUCUUAUAUCCUUAGAAGAUAAUAAUGAUGAUCUGAGCAAGGUAGUUACAGACCAAUUUGUACAACAACAAGUGAUUGGUAAAUGUUCACCUUAUGUUACCAAAAGAAAAAGACAACAAACAUUGAAUAAUCUAGAUCUCCAUUUACCGAUAACUGAGGUAACACCAGUCAAAAUUACAAAAACAGUAAAUAUUUUAUCAUCAGCUAUAAAUUCAAAUAAUUGGUGUAAUGACCACUUAUCGUCAACUAAUAAUUGUGUAUCAUCUCUGAGUUCAUUUGAUCUACUAAACAGUCCUGUUACUAAUUCUUUAAGUAUUUUACAAGUUGAAUCACCUAAAUUGAAAAUAAUGAAUAGAAAAUCGGACUUGAAAAAUUUACAAAAUAUUAAGAUUAAUACUCCAUCGACACUUAGUGUACCACUUAUGGAUUGUUUAAUUUAUAAUGAGAAUUAUCAAGAUCCAAUAUCGAUUGAUCCUUCCACAAUAUCAUCUGAUGACUGUCUGAUUGAUAAUCAGGUGAAUAGGAAGUUGGCCCAAUGUACAUGUUGUAAUAAAUUGCAUAUGCAGCGUUUAGAAGAAGGUCGAUAUAAGCUAGGUUCACGUAUUUAUUACUUACGCAGAUUUCGUAAUCACGUCAUGGUUCGAGUUGGUGGGGGUUGGCUAACAUUAGAUGAGUUCUUGCAUCGUCAUGAUCCGUGUAGACGAGGAGUUCACUCAUUUAAUAUGGAACCAGCAGUUGUAACUAAUGAUAUCCCUCCCAUCAAGUCAUGUUUUAAUGUCCCUAAACCAAUUCGUCGACAUUCCGAAUUUGAAUCUUCACCUAUUUCACAGAUCAAUUCCAUGAGUAAUUUCAGCAGGCAAUGGUCUUGUGGUAGUAACAGUAGUAUGGAAAGCCCGAGAAGUGAUUCCAGUAUGAUUGACACUGGAAUAAUUAGCGAGAUUUCCAAUGGAGGAAGCAUUUCUCAAGCAUCUUCUUCAUUAAACUCCAUUAAACAAAAACAAGAAAGACCAAAAACAACUGCUCGUCUUACCAUACCAAAGGCUCCAAAUCUUAGGACGGCUUCACGGUCUCGUGAUGCGUCUCAGAAAAAUUCAGAUUUUGGAAAGAAAAUUUCAGAUAUUGCUACUGCUGUUACACAUUCUCGUGCUUCUUCGGCAAAGCGGACAAAUGUUCCAGUAAAUAAUACAACAAAUUUUCGAACACCAUCACAGCCCCGUAAUCUUUCAUCAAAACGUGAAGACUCUGUAUCAAGAGCUUCAAAUAUCCGAAAAGUUUCAAAAUCGCGUGAAUCCUCCGCUAAACGUGAAGAAUCCACACUGACAAAUUGUCGCGCGGAUUCUACAACUCGUCGGACUCUCUGGAGAAAUUAAUUUAUACAUUUUCUUUCUCUUUUAAAAAAAACUCAUUUGGUUGAUUUUAUUUGAUUAUUUAUUUUACCACCAGUUAUAAAAUUCCAUUUAACUGCUUUUUUGGUUAAGAUUCCUCUACAGAUAAUCUGUCAUACUUUGUGCAGAAUACAACUUCACGAAAUAGGUCCACUUGUUUUUGUUUUCGUCAUUAUUAUUAUUUUACUAUGUUUUCUGGAAUCUUUGUACAUACGGAAUUUCUUAAAAUACUAACUCACAUUAUAUAACCUUGUAAUAUCUUUGAAGAAUAAUGAAGUAUAAUAUUUAUUAGUAUUGAAGUAAGAU